AUGAGUCGUCGAUCUGAAUAUAUUCCAUCAUCGAUGAGAUCGUCAGCAUCAACACAACAUAUUUCUAAUCCCUUCACUGCUGAACAACAAGCACAACAACAACAACAGGCAGCAAAUGAUGAAGAAACGUCAACAUAUUCUUUCCGGCAUGUAACGAAAAAGCUCCAGCAUGCGAAAUCACAUGGUGAAUUGUAUCAACCUCAUCCUCCUUUACCUCUUCCUCCGAUGACGAAAGUUUCCAAUGACGAAAAUGAAAUUAAAUAUCGAAUCAAACAUUCAUCGAAUUCUCCUCAAACUUCUUCAUCAACACGAUCGCGGUCAGCAACGACCACAAUUAUACCAAUUCUAACUCGCCCAAUAAUCAACUCUUCCGAUGAAACGUUCAGUUCAUCGUCGUCAUCAAACAAAAUUCCGUUAUGGAAACGUUUCAAACAAAUGAUCGUGCCAACCAAACGGAGCAAAGAUCCAGCAGUGAAAACAUCCUCUGUACCACUUAGCGAAUCUUCGACCAACGAUCAAAAUCGAACAGUUGUCGACAAUGCCGUGACGAACAAUAGCAAUCAUCAUCAUCAUCAAAUUUUGAAAAAUCCAAUCAAAAUUCAAGAACUACGUUCAUGGCUAAACCCAAAAUCAUUUCCUGAACAACGUAUUCGCGACGAAUAUGAAAAAUUACCAACAGAAUCCCUUCAUCCAAAAACUUUAGCAUUUCGUCCUGAAAAUAAAUCCAAAAAUCGCUUCAAUGCCAUCGAACCUUAUGAUCAUUCACGAGUUAUACUUAGACCUUUAAUUAGUGACCCAUCAAGUGAUUACAUCAAUGCAUCAUACAUCGAUGGAUAUCGAGCAAGCAAAUUAUACAUCGCUGCUCAAGCACCAACUGAAACAACCUUAUAUGAUUUUAUUCGUAUGAUUUGGCAAUUACGUAUUCAAUCAAUUAUUAUGGUUACACGUUUAUUUGAAGAUGGAAAACAUAAAUGUAUUCAAUAUUGGCCCGACGAAGGUGAAAAACGCAUCAAUGAUUUUCGAAUUCGUCUCGAUAAUGAAGAAAAAUAUGCUGAUUACACAAUACGAAGAUUUCUUUUAUUUAAUCAAUCGGAGUCGACAGAUGCAUUAGUAGUUAAACAGUAUCAUUUUUUAUCUUGGCCAGAUCAUGGAUGCUUGGCAUUAUCAACGCCAUUGUUGGACCUUCGGCAACGUUUCCGAACGGAUUAUAAAUCAUCGAAUCCGAUACUUGUUCAUUGCAGCGCGGGUGUUGGUCGAUCUGGAACAUUUAUUGCUCUCGAUUCGUUACUGGAACAAGCUGAACAUCAAGAUAUAGUCGAUGUUUUAGAAUUUACUCAUCGAAUGAGACAAAAUCGCGUAUAUAUGAUACAAACAGCCGAACAAUAUGUAUUUCUUUACCGAACACUAAUCGAAGGGAUUGUUACAAUGGAUACAAAUGUUUCAUUGCAAGAAUAUAUGACGACAAAGAAGUUCCGUAUGGAUACGAAAACGCAAUACAAACUUUUAGAACAAUUACAGUCAACUAUUGAAUAUUCCUGUCGAGGAGCACUUGAACCUGCGAAUAUUAAUAAAAAUCGUAGUGAAACAAUCCUUGCCCCUGAUCAUAGUCGACCGUAUUUAAUGACACAAGUCGAUAAAACAACUGAUUAUAUCAAUGCUGUUUUUGUUAAUUCGUAUCGACAAACUCCAAGUUAUAUUAUCACGCAAUUUCCGCUUCCACAUACGUGCAUCGAUUUCUGGCGAUUGGUUUACGAUCAUAAUGUGUCGAUUAUUAUGUUAUUAGAGCCUAUAACACGUGAUGUGAAAACUUCUUACUAUUGGUCAACGAAUGUAGGGCAAGGAACGUUAUUCGGACCAUUUGAAAUUGUUUUAACAUCACAAAAAGAAGACGAACAACUUGUUGAACGAGUGUUUGAAUUGAAAUUUGUCAACAAGAAUGUCUUUAACAAUGAUCGAUUGCGAACUGUACGACAAUUUCAAAUAAAGGAUCAAUCACAUUUACUGGUUGUUGUUAAACGUUUCCUGAAAGAAAUGCGGACGUAUAAUGAACAAAAUGUUAUUUUACAAUGUUUAAACGGUGCGACCUAUUCGGGAUACUUUGCUGCUUUAUGCAAUUCGAUUGAUAAAAUGCAAACUGAACACUUAAUUGAUCCGUUCAAAGUCGUUCGACUUAUCCGUGCUGUUCGGCCACAGUUCGUCGAUCAAGAACAAUAUGAAACUCUUUUAUUAGCAAUGCGAGAUUAUAUUCAACAAUAUCUCAGUACACCGUCGACACGUACAAUAGAUAAUAAUUCCUUCUACACAAAUACAUCUGAUCAGGAUCAAACAUCUAUAAAAAGUCGAGUUAUACAACGAUUAUAA